GAACAGCGUUCAUUGUCUUAUCGAAUACUUUCAUCUCCUUUGAGGACAUUUUUAUUCAAUGUUAACCUGGCAAUUGUGGUGUGCUCUAUUGUGUGUUUUGUGGCUUUAUUUCUUGUGGACUCGUCGUAGACUUUAUCUCUUAACGUUGAAAAUACCUGGCCCACUGGGUUAUCCGAUAAUUGGCAUGGCCCACAAGUUACGCCAUAGGGAAGACGUGCUUCGGGAAUUUGGUAACUAUUUGGAUAAACAUGGCCCAGCAAUAUUCUCGUGGCUGGGUCCAAUUCCAUUUUUAAUAGUGACUGAACCACAAAUGUUACAGGAUAUUUUAACUUCUCCCCAUUGUGUUAACAAGGGUAUGAUCUAUAAAGCAAUCGAUGAUGGCGCUGGUGUCGGAUUAUUUAGCUUAAAUGAUCCACGUUGGAGCGUGCAUCGGAAAUUGUUGAACCCAGCUUUUGGACACAAGGUGCUUUUGAGCUUUUUACCAAUAUUCAAUACCGAGACGGCAUCCCUUCUAAAAUCGCUGGAUAAUUUGGUGGAUGAUGGAGAAAAGGACUUGAUACCACUGCUUCAAAGCUUCACCUUAAACAUAGCAACUCAGACAACAAUGGGAAGCGAUGUUAAGGAUGAUGAGAGCGUGAAAAACAAUAAACUCCUUCAGAGUUAUCAUUGUACUCUGGAAUCCAUGACAGAUAUGUGCUUCUCCCCCUGGCUAUGCAGUAAAAAAAUUCGCCAACUAUUUGGUAAGGAAGAGCACUAUUCGAGUGCAAAGUCGGAGAUACGAGGAUUCAUAAGAAGGCUUAUCGAAAAGAAAUUGGCUAAGGAUACCGAAGUUCCUCCCUUUCCGCAGGACAAGAACAUAUUUCUAAAUCUUGCCACAGAUUUAUUAAAACGCGGCAUCUUUAGUUCGACGAAUGUUGAAGAUGAAUCAAAUCUCAUGGUUUUUGGAGCCUUUGAAACGACUGCUAAUACAGUGGCCUACACAUUGAUAUUACUCUCCAUGUUUUCCAAGUACCAGGAGAAGGCUUUUGAAGAGAUACUAGCUUUGUUUCCAGAGAGCGGAGAUUUUGAAGUAACGUACGCAGAUACCCAGCAAAUGGUUUAUCUAGAUCUCAUUUUAAACGAAUCAAUGCGAGUUAUGGCUCCUGUUCCAGUUGUCUCUCGACAAACGACCCAGGAUGUAAAGCUUUCAAAUGGAGUUGUUAUUCCAAAGGGAGUUCAAAUUGCAAUCGAUAUCUUCCACUUGCACCGCAGGAAGGAAAUUUGGGGAAAAGAUGCAGAAACUUUCAAUCCGGACCAUUUCCUACCUCAUAACUUUCAGGAUAAACAUCCCUACGCUUUUAUACCCUUCACAAAGGGUAUACGCAAUUGCAUAGGCUGGAGAUAUGCUUUAAUAUCGGCCAAAGUGACAUUGGCCAAAUUAAUAAGAAAUUACAAAUUCUCAACCAGCUUUAAAUUUGAAAAUCUUAACUUUGUUGACCAAAUUACCAUGAAACUUAAGACAGUGCCAUUACUGGAAAUAUCACGAAGAAAUUAAUAGUUAAAGUUACAUAUCUUUUAUAUAUGAAUAAGUAAUCAGUUACAAUCAGGGUAUCAAGUAGUAACGGUUAUAUGUUUCAGUCGUGUUUGUAUUUUGAUUUUCAGCUAUCGGUUACGAAACAGUAUUUUAUAUCGGUUUCGUGACGGUUACCUGUACCGGUACGUUAAGGGUAUGAUUGCGAGUUAAUAAAAUGUUCUUGUAAAAAUUUAAGCUUAAUAAUAAUCGUGUUGUCAAAUUAAACAAUUUGUAAUAAAUGAAUUUUUGUAUUUAAA